AAGUGCGUCAGGGGAUUCCAACAUGUCCGCGUUCAUUUGAAACAGUGCUGUGAAGUGUGCUUCGUCAGUUUUCACUGCAGAUUUUCAUGAGUUUGUAUGUUGGGAUCAACGAGCAGGCGAUUCCGGCGGGACAGGCAUCUGUUAAAGGAAAGAGACGGACUCCAGGACAGGAAACUUGAAUAUUUGUUAUUAUCAGAAAUAAUGCUGAUAUUGGGAACUCAUGUCGCACUCGUAUGAAGAGAGAGCCACAAUGAUAGCCGCAGGCGAAUUGCAGUCGUUUGUCCCGUUCGGUCGUGAGCACUGCAAAAAUCACCCGAAUGCAGUGAAUCUUCAGCUACGACAGCUGCAGCCCGCGUCUGAGCUCUGGUCCUCUGACGGUGCAGCUGGACUCGUGGGGUCUCUUCAGGAGGUCACUCUACAAGAGAGAGAGAAGGAGUGCUGGCAGCUGAGGAAGGGCACAGCUCCUGAUGAUGUUGAGUACGAAGAGGAGCUGUAUGUGGCAGGAAACAUGGUCAUAUGGAGUCGUGGCAGUAAGAAUCAAGCCUCAUAUGUGUACAAGGCAUUCACAGUGGACAGCCUCGUUCAACAGGCUCUGUGGUGCAAUUUCACCGUCCCUGCAUCUAAAAAAGAUGGAAAGGACGUUGUGGAGCAAACGGUGUGUAUCGUCCAGAGCACCUGUGUUAACGUGCACAGCAUGAGUGGGAAAGACUUCAUAUCUCCACUUCCCUUCCAGGUUUCCACUCUCUGGUCAACAAAGUUUGGCCUGCUUUUGGAGCGCAAAAAUAUCACAGUUGAUGGCCACAUGAGUCCCAGCAGGGAACCUCUGCCGAUCCUGUUCAGCAUGCUGCAUCCUUUAGAUGAAAUCGCUCCUGUUGUUUGUAAGUCCACCGGUCUGUUUGAGGCGCGGCUUCAGUAUGUUUCAGACAACGCUCUGAGAGUCCUGUUCACCUGCCUUGAGCCCUCUAUCAUCUUGACCUAUGACACGCAGCAGUGCACACACACUGUCUGGGCCCUGCGCAAAGUCACACCUGAGGAGCAGACCACCGUGCUGAAGUGUCCAGAGCAGCCUGGACCGAUUCACACUCCCAACUCAGCGCCCAGCUUCCUCAGUACACACCUGAGAAAUGUGACCCGGCUGGACUCACCCGCCUCGCCCCUGCACUGCCAUGCCCUGCACAACCAGAGUCGAAUCCCUGCCUCCCCCGGCCUGCACUCGCGGGUUCACUCGCCCAGCAUUUCAAACAUGGCUGCUCUUAGUCGGGCUCACUCCCCUGGCAUUGCCGCACCCUCCUUCUCUGGAGCUCAGCGCUUCAACAUGUCGUGCCACACCCCGUCCACACGCGGGCACAGCAUCCUGGGCUCGCCCAACAGUACCCUGAACGAUACCGCCCUGCUGCCGGAGAUGGAACCCAUUCUACCUGACCUCUGCAUUGAGCAGCUUUGGACUGAAACCAGCGCAAUCUCCAGGGAUAAGGGUUGUCAGGCCUCUAAAGUCUUCAUCACCUCUGACCUGUGUGAGAACAGGUAUCUGUGCUUCCUGGUUGAAUCCCACCAGCAGCUCAGGUGUGUAAAAUUUCUUGAGAGCAAUGAAACUUCUCAGUUGAUAUUUGCAUCAGUGACCAUUAUAACUGCAAAAGAUGCAGCUCCUCUAGAGGACAUUCACGCUAUGCUGGUGCUUGAGGCCAAUGGAAGUCUGGUUCUGUACACUGGAGUCACUCGGGUCAGCAAAGUUUUUGUCCCUGGUCUUCUGUCUCCCACGUUCAGUGUGCAAAACCACCAGCCUCAGCUGAGCACCCCUCUGGAGAACGUGAGCACUCCCGCCAGAGCUACAGUUCAGCAUAUAAGCCGACUAGAGGAGGUUGGCAUGCCGUCUCCAGUGUUGGAGGUCCGCAACUCAACGCAGCACCACGAAUCAUCGUGGCUGGAGGACUCGUUGUUUCAACAGGCUGCUCCACACAUUCACACGCUCAAAGACCCUGUCAGUAACAGAGUCACACUGGAAUUGAGCACCGGAUCCAUGUUAAGAAUCACCAUUCCUGAGGUGGCCACUUCAGAGUUGGUCAAACGUUGUAUGCAGGCCAUCCGGUUUAUUCUGCCCAAGGACACUGCUAUGAAAGUGCUGGUCAAGUGGUACAACAGCUACAAUGCCCCUGGAGGUCCCAGCAUGCACCUGGAGUGGAACAUGUUUGUCACAUGCUUAAUGACAAUGAUGGGUUACAAUACGGAACGAUUAACGUGGACACGCAAUCUUCAUUUUGACGUGCCUCUUUCACCAGUAAUUGCCCCCAAGAAGGCUCGUCCUGCCGACACAGGCUCUGAUGAGGAUUGGGGAUACCUCCGUUGCUCCGAGUACCAUUGGCAGGUUUUCAUGCGACCUGCGAUGGCCGUUCAAGGCCUGGAAACCGUUUCACCCCCUGGUGGUGUGGAGAUCCAUGAAUCCACUCUAAGGCUAGAGUCGUCUGCCCUGCUUUUCCCACAUAUCCCAGUUCUUUUCUAUGUUCUACACCUGCUCUAUGAGGAUCUGAAGUUGGAUGAGUUACAGCGGAGUGGGGCCAGAGCUCUGGUCGGUCUACUGCAACAGCUGGCCAAGGACCUGCGGCUGGACGAUUACAUUGAUCUGUACUGGCGCGAUUACCCCUCAUUCAUCAAAACGUUCAAGGAGGCCUGCGUGAUUGAUCAAGAUCAGAUGGAUUUGAUGACUUGGCCGGUAUUCCUGAAUGGAGAGGCACCAUGUGUGUUCGACUGGCUCAGUCGUUGUCUGAGAGGGCAAGAUGUGGCUCCUUUUCCCUACCUGCCCAGCAUCUGUGAGAGAACAAAGCUACUGGUGCUGAGCUAUGCCCUGUACGUGGUGGGAGAUGAGGACGCGAUCUCGACUAACAUCGCGAAGUACCUCUCCAGACUGUCAGCAGGGCAAAAGAAAAACAUCAGUGAACCUUUUCUAAGAAGGGAGAGCAGUGUGAAGUCCGCUCCUUCAUCCGGCUGUUUGGCUGAGAAACUGGUUGUGUGGUUGACCUCUGCAGGAUUUACAUUAAAGGAUCUGGAGUCAGUUCCAUUUGGUGUGGCUCUGCCAAUCAGAGAUGCCAUCUACCAGUGCAGAGAACACCCCUGCUCUGAUUGGUCUGAGGAGGUCUGUGCUCUAAUUGGACGACAGGACCUGACCAGGCAAGCUCACAAAGUGACCCUAGCCCAUCGCAAAUCGACUGUAGGUUUGAACGUAAUACUGGAGCCUCUAGUGACCAGCGAGGCCGAUGAGGAAGAGGAUGGUAUGACUGACCUGCACCCGGAGGUGACUGGACUGAUCUGGAGUCAGGACCUGAGGGUGCAGGAGGUCAGGCGUCUGCUUCAGAGCUCCAGACCUGUACGGGUCAAUGUGCCCCACCUGCCUGAAGUCAGUGAUCAUGAGUACAUCGAGGAGAAGGAGAACAAACUGCUGCAGUUGUGCCAGCGCACCAUGUCUCUUCCAGUGGGCCGUGGACUCUUCACUUUAUUCUCGUACCACCCUGUGCCAACCGAACCACUCCCUGUGCCCAAACUCAACCUGACUGGCCGGGCUCCUCCCAGGAACACUACGGUGGAUUUAAACAGCGGUAACAUCGAUGUGCCACCCAACAUGACCAGCUGGCCGAGCUUCCAUAAUGGCGUGGCAGCCGGGCUCAAGAUAGCUCCUGUCUCUCAGGUUGAAUCCGCCUGGAUUGCCUAUAACAAACCAAAAAGUGCCGACCUGGCAAACGAGUACGCUGGUUUCCUCAUGGCAUUGGGUCUUAACGGACACCUCACCAAACUAGCAACACUUAACAUCCAUGACUACCUCACCAAGAGUCAUGAGAUGACAAGCAUCGGGCUAUUGCUGGGCGUUUCUGCCGCCAAACUGGGCACCAUGGACAUGUCCAUCACACGUCUGCUAAGCAUCCAUAUUCCUGCUCUGUUACCCCCCACCUCCACUGAGCUGGAUGUACCGCAUAGUGUGCAGGUGGCUGCUGUGGUCGGCAUCGGUUUGGUUUACCAGGGUACCGGCCACCGGCACAACGCUGAGGUGCUGCUGGCAGAGAUUGGACGUCCACCUGGUCCUGAGCUGGAGUACUGUACAGAUAGAGAGUCCUACUCACUCGCAGCAGGGCUGGCACUUGGCAUGGUCUGCCUUGGGCAUGGCAGUAACCUGAUUGGGAUGACUGACCUGAACGUGCCUGAGCAGCUUUAUCAGUAUAUGGUCGGUGGACAUCACCGCACUCAUGCUGGUACCAACAGAGAGAAGCACAAGUCUCCCAGCUACCAGAUCAAGGAGGGUGACACUAUCAAUGUGGAUGUGACCUGUGCUGGUGCAACACUUGCCCUUGCCAUGAUCUACCUGAAAACAAACAACAGGUCUAUAGCUGAUUGGCUGAAAGCCCCAGACACCAUGUUUCUUCUGGACUUCAUCAAGCCUGAGUUUUUGCUGUUGAGGACGCUGGCCAGAUGUCUAAUCAUGUGGGACGAGAUCUUUCCAAACGCUGAUUGGGUGACCAGCAAUGUUCCUCAGAUCAUCCAAGAAAACAUUGGAAACCAGGAGCAGGCGAACGUCUCUGAAGAUCUCAACAUGGAAACCUUAGUUCAAGCUCAUGACUAUAUAAUCGCCGGAGGUUGCCUGGCCGUUGGGUUCCGGUUUGCUGGCUCUGCAAAUUCAGAUGCUUUUGACUGCCUGUACAAAUUUGCACGAAAGUUCAUGCAGUGUCUGACAACAUCUACGACUACGGUGACUGGUCAGUAUAACCUGCAGACGUGUUUGAGUAUGGUGCUCUUGGCUGUUUCCAUGGUGAUGGCCGGUUCAGGGAAUUUGAAAGUGUUACAACUAUGUCGCUUUCUUCACAAACGCACGUUUGGCGAGAUGAACUAUGGAUUUCACAUGGCUCACCACAUGGCUCUGGGCCUGCUCUUCCUAGGUGGAGGAAGGUACACACUCAGCACUUCCAACUCAGCCAUUGCCGCUCUCCUGUGUGCACUUUAUCCCCAUUUUCCAGCUCACAGCACAGACAACAGAUAUCACCUCCAGGCAUUGCGUCACCUGGCUGUUCUUGCAGCAGAACCUCGUCUGCUUGUGCCUGUGGACGUGGACACACUUAAACCGUGCUACGCUUUGCUAGAUGUCACCUACAAGGAGACGCAGUGGUAUGAGGAGACGACCGUGGAGUUGAUGGCUCCCACCAUGCUGCCUGAACUUCACCUCCUUAAACAGAUUAAGGUGAAAGGGCCAAGAUAUUGGGAGCUAAACAUCGACAUCAGCAAAGGAACUCAAUAUCUGCGAUCCAUUCUCUCCAGAGAUGGCGUUCUGUACGUUAAGUUGCGAGCUGGUCAGCUACCCUACAAGGAUGACCCUCAUGGCUGGAAGAGUCUGCUGGCCCCCAACCCCAACAACAGAAACCCUGAACUCCGCACUUUCAAGCCUGAGGCCAUCUCAACCUUCACCUCUGACGCUGCUUUGGUCUCCUUCGCCAAAUACUUCUGCAGAGCCUCGGAAAACAUGAAGCAUAAGCAAGGGACAGUGGCUUUACUGUCAGCAGUUCUGUAUGAAUGUGUGACACAGGAAAACCCAGAGAUGCUGCCAACACACAUGUCUAUUGACCAGGCCGUGCGGACUCUGAAGCGAGGUGAUCUAUGCGAGACGUUCAGUCUGUGGCAGAUGAAGCUGGUGUUAGAGCUGUGUGAGAGCAAAGUUCUGCAGCUGAGACUGAGAGACGCUCAUCGACAGGGCCAUGGUCUGCUGCUCAGCUCCGAGUUUCUACCCGUCAUGAAGAGCUCAGCGGACCGAGCCCUUGAUCACUGGCUCUGUGAUAACAGUCGUGUGUUGCGUGCUUACUUGAGCGGACAGCCAAUGAACAACGACACUCAUGGCAACAUGUUGGCCUGCUUCCUGGUCUAUCAUUCCAUCCCCAGCCUCAAGAAUAUGGUGACCUCUGACCUGGAAGGAUGUUCUUGUUUCCCAGAGUUGCUCCUCAAGAGCAGUCAGUUAGGAGUUCCUGUUCGUGCUCUGCUGCGUCUGAGCCCUUUGCUCCUUCAGAACCAUGCAUCUGGAGGUCAACCAUGCUUCUUCUGACCUCAUGCUAACUUCAAAAUGUCAACCAAACUUCUCCUCACACACCAGGUACAGCAGAGUCGGUGUUGCCUUGUUCUCACAAGCCAUCAACUUGCUGUAACCUCAUUCUAAAACACCUCGAGUCGAAUUUUAAUAUUUCUUGUGUGGACAAUUAUGAAAUUAUGUGUCUUUAAAGAGCAAAAGUGAAACUAAGCCUGCACAGAAGCUCUUCAGAAGCAUGUUUUCUCACCCCUAUUUUGACAUGUAAAUAGUUUGUAUCUAUAUUUGUACUUAUGAUGAUUCAGUCAAUAAAUAUGACUUGAGGAAGUGGUUUUGAUCAA